AUGUCCCACACCAACCCUGCCUCCAACCCACUCUCCCCCAUCUCCCACACCAAUCCUGCCUCCAACGAACUCUCCCCCAUCUCCCACACCAAUCCUGCCUCCAACGAACUCUCCCCCAUCUCCCACACCAAUCCUGCCUCCAACGAACUCUCCCCCAUCUCCCACACCAAUCCUGCCUCCAACGAACUCUCCCCCAUCUCCCACACCAAUCCUGCCUCCAACCCGCUCUCCCUCCCCCAUCUCCCACACCAACCCUGCCUCCAACCCGCUCUCCCUCCCCCAUCUCCCACACCAACCCUGCCUCCAACCCGCUCUCCCCCAUUUCCAGGCCCGGAUCAAGAUGACCCGGGCCCUGCCUCCAACCCACUCUCCCCCAUCUCCCACACCAACCCUGCCUCCAACCCACUCUCCCCCAUCUCCCACACCAACCCUGCCUCCAACCCACACUCCCCCAUCUCCCACACCAACAUGUCCAGCCCUUUGGAUGUCUCCAUUAGUCUACUGCAUUAG